CUCGGUCUGGCGCGCCGAGCUUCGGCUUUCCGAGGUGGACACCAACACCCGGGCGGGGCCGCUACCUAAUCUGCCAUGACCUCGCCCUCGUCGUCGGCCCCCAUCCCCUACUUCAUCCUCCUCGCAUCCGAUCUCGACGCCGCGAGCUCGCCACACGCGGAGGCCAAGGCCGCCAUCGCCACAUAGCGGGCGCCGAUUCGCCCCUUCUGAAUCGCCCAGAUCCGUCUGCUGCGUUCGCUAGGAUUUCAGCAUGGUUGAUUCUGUACAUGACAAUAUUGUGCUGCGCAACUGUGUCAAGGAUAUCCUUGCACAAAUCAAACCAGUAGAGGAUGAUAGAAGCAAGCGACUAUCCACAAUUCAGGAGCUAGAAAAUUGCAUCCAUUCUCUUGCAUCCUUGGCGGGUACUGCUGUCAAACCUUUUGGGUCCUUUGUAUCAGAUCUUUACUCAAAAUCUGGCGAUCUAGAUUUAUCAGUUCAGUUUGGGAAUGGUUUAAACCUCCCUAUAAACAAGAAAAAGAAGCAGAAUGUCCUGAGAGAAGUUAGGAGAGCUUUACAAAUUCGAGGCGUUGCUGGAUAUAUACAGUUCAUUCCUCAUGCAAGAGUUCCGGUCAUUCAAUAUGUGAGCAACCGCUUUGGCAUCUCCUGUGAUAUAUCGGUCAACAACUUUGCUGGUCGAAUUAAAUCUAAAAUCUUCUACUGGGUGAAUACUUUAGAUGAGCGGUUUGGUGAUAUGGUUUUGCUGAUCAAGGAAUGGGCAAAAGCACAAAACAUUAAUGAUCCAAAGAGUGGGUCCCUCAACUCCUAUUCACUUUGCCUACUUGUCCUCUUUCAUUUUCAGACAUCCGAGCCACCAAUUCUACCACCUCUGAAGGAUAUUUAUGAAGGGAACAUUACAGAGGAUAUUACAGAAGCUACACUUUAUGAUGAGCAACAUCUUGAUGAGCUUUGUGUCACAAACAUAGCAAGAUAUAGACUCCAGAACAUGCACCAAAGAAAUGAAAGUUCUCUUUGUCGUCUACUUGGGACAUUUUUCAAAAAGUUUGCUCAUAUCAGUGCCCUGCUGGAUAAUGUCAUAUCUACUUACUCGGGCCAGAUUGAGCGAAUCCAGGACAACCCAAGUUGGAUGACUAAAUCUUACCAUUUAUUUGUUGAAGAUCCAGUUGAGAGACCGGAUAAUGCAGCUAGAGCGGUUAGUAUGAAAGGUCUUGACCGAAUUGCUAGUGCAUUCAAUGAUGCUUGCCACAAGUUUGACUCUCUUGAGCAUAUCGACCGGAAAGAAUUAUUGGCGUUGUUGUGUACCCCUGGUGUUGGCUUGAAGCUUGGUGGGAGAGUCACAGCUAAUUAUUACACAAGAACUCCACCACAAAGGAAUAAUCAGCAUGCCAGAACUGGAGGACGUGCGGAGAGUGAUCGACGUUACCAGGUAUCCAGGUUUACGGGAAGCAGAACAGUUCACAAAAACCCACAGGCAAAUACUACAGCGCACCAAGCAGGAGUACAAUUUCGUAACCAUCCACAGGUCCGCCAAACAGCAGUUGCGCACCCCAAUCACAGUCCACAGAAUUAUACUACAGUGCAUCAGACGGCACCAUACCAGAAUCAUACUGUUCCACAGGUGUAUUCUGCUCAGCCCCAAACAGCCGGACCAUACCAGAAUCAGUAUCAGCAGGUUUAUGCUGCAGGGUUUCAAACAGAAGGACCAUACCUGGAUCACAAUCAGGUUCAUGGUACAGGAUUCCAAACAGCAAGACCAUACCAGGGUCAUAAUCAGGUUUACCAAGCAGGGUUCCAACCAGCAGGAACAUACCAGAACCAGAACCAACAGGUGCGUACUCCAGGGCUCCAAACCACAGGUCCUAACCAGAAUCAGCAGAGGCGAAAGGGAUACACAUCGAAUCAUCAGACUAAUAGGCAUGCUGCGACGACAGCAAGAUAUGAGCCAGUUCGUGGACAGUUCAACAAUGGAUCAAUAUGGGACUCGCGAUCACAAGCAUCAAACAGUGCAGCUUCUCAAAGAUAGCCUUCAAGAUAUCACUUACCAGCAUAGAUGGACUCCAGGAGGGUAGUAACAGAUAAUCUUCUGACUUUUGCAUGGCAAUAUUCAUCAAUGUAUGCCAUGUUCGGCUUUUGCUCGACAACGGGCAUCAGCUUUAUGAUAUGAAACGUGGCUUUUGCCAGUAAACUCUGAUAUAAGCCUUGUGUUGUGUGGGUUGGCUAUUGAGGCAUCACAAACCUGUAUUGCUGCAUGGCUCUCUUUCUGUAUGUUCUUGCUGUAAAUUGCUGUUCACUAGCAGUCAGUUUACAAUUACCAGAUGCAGGUUGUAGUAAAGGUGAAAUCUCAUGACUUUGUGUCUA